AUGGCGUGCAUUGUGAAGUAUCACUCCAGAGACGAUCCCCAAGACACCUCCAUCCGGCUGAAGACUCCACACAUCCGUCUUGUCCAUCGCAACGGGCAAACAUUGGCUGAGUAUCCAUCCUCGUAUGUAGGCGCCCGAUGCUGUCGAUACUUGGAUGUUUGUUCUGAUGUCGUUGAAGUUGAAGUUGACGAAGUCGCGAAGUCGUUGGUUAUUCUGCCAAGCGCGGCUGCUCCACCACCUUUGGCCUCCUUGUUUCAUCGUCAACGUCAAAAAUCAAAAAAUGUCAACUUUAUGCAAAUUCGACGCCGUGAAGAACGCAAAUGA